GUACACCUCUUAAAGUAAGGUGGAAUAAAUUUAGCGAGCCAUCCGUUUGUAUCAAAGAUCAACAGUCAGAAGUGUCUGAUUUAUAGUUGAUCUGCUUGUUGUACAAGAAUGAAGAUAGACUUACACUGUCACAUCCUGCCCAAGGAAUGGCCCAAUCUAAAACAGAGAUAUGGAUAUGAAGGUUGGGUCCAACUUCACCAUCACUCUGAGGGUGAAGCAAAAAUGAUGAAAGAUGGCAACAUAUUCAGAGUGGUACAAAAAAACUGCUGGGAUCCACAAGUACGGAUUCAAGAAAUGGAUCAAGCAGGUGUAACAAUGCAGGCUCUUUCUACUGUUCCUGUUAUGUUCAACUAUUGGGCAAAACCCAAGGACACCCUGGAUCUGUGCCAUAUUUUGAAUGAUGACAUUGCAGCCAUAGUACGUGAGCACCCAAAGAGAUUCACUGGUCUUGGUACACUGCCCAUGCAAGACCCAGAACUCGCUGUUCAGGAAAUGCAUCGUUGUGUGAAAGAUUUGGGAUUUCCUGGAGUUCAAAUUGGCUCCCAUAUCAACGAUUGGGAUCUGAAUUGCCCAGAACUUUACCCAGUGUAUGCUGCUGCAGAAAAGUUAAAAUGUGCCAUAUUUGUACACCCUUGGGAUAUGAAGAUAGAUGGGAGAAUGUCGAAGUACUGGCUUCCAUGGCUUGUAGGUAUGCCGGCUGAAACAACCACUGCGAUUUGCUGCAUGCUGUUUGGUGGAAUAUUUGAAAGAUUUCCAAAAUUGAAAGUGUGUUUUGCCCAUGGAGGUGGUGCUUUUCCAUACACCAUUGGUAGGAUUGAACAUGGAUUCAACGUCCGCCCUGACUUGUGUGCGAGGGACAACAAGGCAAACCCUCGAAAGUACCUGAACCAUUUUUACACAGACUCAUUAGUACAUGAUCCACUUGCACUAAAGCUGUUGGUGGAAGUGAUAGGGAAAGACAGGGUGAUGCUGGGGACAGAUUAUCCAUUCCCACUGGGAGAACUGAAACCAGGAGCUCUUAUCGAAUCUAUGGAAGAAUUCAGUGAUGAACUUAAAGAUAAGCUCCUCGCCAAAAAUGCACUGGAGUUCCUUGGCUUUGAAAAGAAACAGUUUAUUUGAUGCAUGACGUUUUAAUGUAUUUUAUUCAUCCGGUCAGAAAUAUCUAUACUGUUUGAGACAUAGUUGGAUUUGGCACUCAAUAUAAUCACCUUCCAAAAUGAAAUUGUUGUAAUUCAGUUUAUAGGAUAAGAUGACUACGAUUUUAAAAUUAACAUCUAACCCUGUUUAUUUUAAUUGUUUACUGUGAAACAGCUCUGACUUGUGUUGACCAACAGAAGCAGUCUUUAAAGUCCUUAAAUCUUUAUCAUCAAUUUCAAAUGUUUAGUCAAAAGUUGCAUACUGCUAACAGAAACAGCAAAACUCCAUGGAGGAGAACAAUUAUAUUUAAAAAUUCUAUAUUUGCAUAGAUUUCUUGUCUGCACCAGUUGAAUUCCAGAAUGUCUGGUUAACUUUUUCUCCUAAUUUCCAAUGUUCACAUUUACCGGUAUUAUAAAACCUAUUUUGGGAAUCUUGUUUAAUUUUUUUAAAUAAGGUGUUAAAUGAGAUUUCUAUUUGCCCUCUCAGGCCAAUGCCUCAAAGCAUUAUUUUGAAGAAAGCGCAAUCCCUUGAGCCCUGAGCAAUAUUUAUCCCUCAUUCAACAUCAUAAAUACAGUUUAUGUGACCAUUAUUUAAUCGCUGUUUGUGAGACUUUGCUGCAUACAAAUUAGUUUUCAUGUUUCUGGUAUUGCACUAGUCACUGCACCUCAGAAAUACUUCAUUCACUAAAAGCAGCUUUGGAAAAUUCUAACCUGGUAAAAGACAACAUAUAAAGGUACAUUUUCUUUCAUUACAUCUUUAACGGAGAUGCUUCCCAGCUCUUUACUCUGGAGAAAAAUGACCUUAAAUAAAUUCUACAAAAUACCCUACACUUGGCUUUUCAAUACAAAACAGGCAUGUUUAAAAAAAUGACAGAGUAUUUAAUAUCUGCAUCGCCUCAUCGUGGUAACUUCACAAAGAAUCAGUUCCUAACAUAUUUUUAAUGAUGAUUGAACAGAAAAAAAAACAGCAAUGUAUUAGAAAGGCAAUUUUAACAUAAUCUAUAUAUGGAGCAGCAGUAACAGAAACCAAUGGUAGAAAUAUCAAUUUCAAAUGCUUUGUGAAAAAUUGCAUACUGCUCAGAAAAACAGCAAAACUCCACAAAGGACAACUAAAUUUUAAAAUUUUAUAUUUGCAAAAUAUAGGCCAGUUCUGCUCACCCUUAUCUAUCUGUGAGUAGAUGAAAGUAGUUAUUGUUAAAUAUCAAUAUUAAUUUUAAAGUAACCACUUUAAAGAGAUGGAAUCAACUUGUAUAUUGAGGAUUGUCCAGAGGUCAGGUGCCAAACUGUCCCUAUCCCAACCACACUGAUGCCAGAAAUGUGAAUAUCCCCAUAAAACGCAAAAUGCUAUCUACUAAAACUAUUACGUCUUUCACGUCUUAUUGCACAAUUACAAUAGCAUAAAGUCAUGUA